CCAAUCGUCCAAUACCAACCUACAAACCACUAUGUCGAUCGUGACAAACAUUCCAGUCCCCAUGAUCCCUGUUCUCGAUGAACGGCUCGUCUGCCCGACCGACGGUGCCAAAGACCACCGCUCCAAGAUCGAGAUCUACAACGAGCUCCUCGAGUCCCUCUUCCACCGCGAACUCGAGCUCUCCAAGCUCAAAGAGUCCCUCCUCGACAUGCGUACCGAGAUCAUCGAAGAAGCGCCCACCCUCGACACCAACGGUGCUGCUCUCGCCGUUUCCGGGCCUGCAACCGAGCUGGAGGCGGAAGGGUUGAGCGAGAGUGCGGAGGAGAGUGAUGGCACUGGCUCUGGAGUUGUCAGUUCCGCUUCGGAUAGCGAGGUGAAGGCGUCGGUGAGGGGGGGUGGGAAGAGGAAGAGGGGGAGCAAGGGGAAGUAUAAGGGCAAGGGAAGGGAGAGGGUUAGGAUUUCGGGAGAGGAGUUGGGCGCUUUGUGGGACUAUGAAGUUAGCCCUUCUAAGCGCCAGAGGGUUCGUCGUGUCUCCAACGCCGGGGAGUCUGAUGUCGAAGGAGAGGACGCUUUGUGAACCAUUCGAGCUCGUUUGAACGUGUUGCAACCUUGUACGACUGUCUUGCCAAUCCCGUGUAUGAUAGAAGCGUUAGAUGUUAUCCGAAUUGCCCUAGACUCGUGUCUUUCUAAAUUCAUGUGUAAAAGAGGUUAUUGUGAGCGCCAGGC